UGUUUUCUCCAUUUUCUAUAUAUUUCUAGAGAGAGAGAGAGAGAGAGAUGGCAAAGGGGGGUAGCAUGAAGGGACACAUGCAGAGUCACAACAAUGGAAGUAGAGGAAGAACAUAUGCAGUGUUGGUGCUUCUUGCUUUUGGGGUUGCAAUAUUUGGAGUGUUGAUUCUUCACAAGCUUAGAGAAAGGCGCAUCUUCAACCUCCUUGUCAAAGACAGAGAAACUGAACUCAUCGACCUUAAACUCCUCUUGCAGAAAGAAAGAGAACAUUCGAAAGAAGCUAAAAGGAAAGCGGUAGAAAUCAAAUCCAAGAUGCAGUGGCUUCGUACGCAGAAAAGGGAUCUUGAGAGCAGGAUCAUGGAAAUGAAGUCGACAAUCUCUUCCCUUAAAGAUGAACAAAGAAUAAUCGAAGUGGCUCUCGAGGAAAGGCAGGAUGAAAUCAAGAUGCUCAGAGAAAAACUUACAGAAACGAACCCAGAGGAUUCCCAGGUUAAGGUUAUUUCUGAAUCAUCGCAACAGAAGGAAGCCGAAAAUGACUUACCUGUAAAAGUCUGGUCAGUGAGUGCAGACGAUCCAUCAAAUCCACGUAUAAACUUCACGACCAAGGCUGUUGGAAGGAUAGAAGCAACUGAAGGAGAAACAGAAGAAUUGCAUGAAUCCAUCAAAACAGAUGACCAGAAGAAUUCAACAGAAAAUAUACACAGAAAUGCCGAUGAAUCUGCCCCCAAGCUAGAUCAAGCCACGAGGCAAAAUGAAGACAGCAACACUGGAGAACAGGAGUCUCAAGAGUUGAGAACUGUUGAAGAAGAAGUUCCAGGCAACGGAAGCACCAUUGUUCAGACUUUGGAUGGCAAAAGAGAGACCGCUGACAGUUCUAAAGCCGGGAAAAAUUUCCUAGAAGAGAAAAGGUAUGAUAGUGGGCAUGCAUCCGCGGAAACUAUCAAUCAUAGUGGUCAAGUACAAAAUCAGAGCAAGGAAGAUGGUGUAGUAGAUGCCACAGAUUGGAAAGAACAUGGAACAGAAAUCGAAGGUGAUCAAGGAAGUUUUGCCGAUUCUCAAAGUAAUAGACAGGAGUCUGGACGGCGUUAUAAAAGUUGGGUGAAGUUAGAAAUGAAGGAUGAUCACAAGAGUACAGAUGCAUCAAGAGUGAAGCAGGAGCACAUAAGAAAGACAAAAGGGAAGAGUCGGAGAGUAAUUGCAGAGAGCAAGGUCACUGAAAGUGAUGGGAAUACUGCUAAAAGAAGCAUCCUAAGCAUGAGAAACAGAAAGUUCUUUAAAGAAAUACAGAAAAGUGAAACAAAUGACACAGUUGGAGGCAGUAAACUGGAGAAAGAGGAACAUAAGCAAGAGAAAAGUGUGGACCCGGACAGCAUGAAUGAAUCAGGUUCACAAGAUCACAGGAUUGACAUGACACAUAAAACCCAACAAUUUAAAGAUCUGGAAGAAAAAUUUGGAAACCAAAUCAGGUUUCAACCAGAACAGAAACCAGAUAUGAGGAGACAGAGAAUGCAAGAUGAUAGCUCAAACCUCGAUGAUGCUUCACCAUGUAAGACAUUACCUAACCCUAAGAAAUCUGCAGGAAGUGAAGAAGGUAUCCGAGAAGGAAGGCAAUCUGACACAAAUGAGAUGAACGGGAAAGGGCAAGAAAGAGAAGCCAACAACUCGGAAUCUGAGAUGGCGCAGAGUUCUCAGGAAGUGCCUACAAAGACAGCUGCUUCUAUGAUCAACAGAGUUUCAAAAGAAGCCAGAAACAAAAUAUCCGAUGAAACUACACAAUUACAAGUAACAGGCAUCAGUAGAGAACGUCAAGAACAAAAACAGGCUGACAAUCUUCACAAUUCUUCGGAGCAUGAAAUUAUUGCUGAACGAGAUGUAAAAGCAGAUGAUCUUCAGGUUGAGAAUCAUCAAGAAACAGAAGAAGAGGUAGACCAGUCAAGCAGAAUUUCACAAGAGGCCAGAUAUCAAAAACUCAAUAGCACUGCACGAGCAGAAAAUGAAAACAACACCAUUUUUACAGAUACAGAAGAAAGGCUGGAUGGCAAUAUUCACAGUUCUUCCACACGUGUAAAAAAUGCUGAAAUGACUUCAGAAGAUAACAACCUUGACGCUGAGAAUGAUAAGGAAACAGAAGACGAAGACCAUUCUAAAAGCUCUGCUGCCAACUUGGAAGAGGAGGGAAAAGACAUGGACUGAAACAGAUGUGUCUGAAUUGUAGUAUAUCCAGUAGUUGCCUGAGAGAAUGCUAAAUGUUUGCUUCAUUUCGAUGUAAGAUUAUUAUGUUUCUAUGUUUAGUUUAAUAUGUAAGACAUAUACUUGCGUCUUUGUUAGUUUCCUGCAGGAGUUGUAAUUUGCUGCUUCCACUUACUAAUCACUUCCAUCCCCCACCCA